UUAUUAUUCUUAUGUGUUCGUAUUCUAUUUUUAGAUUUUCAGUUUCUUCUGUUUAUUAAUCGGUGUUGGGUGUAAAUGUCUUCAUAGAAAACAAUCGCUCGAUUUUCGUCAGAUUACCAAUCCCGUCAAGUGUGAAUUAUUGCGAGUGUAUAUUUAAGAAAAAGUGAACAAAUUGACUAAAUAGGUGAAUUAGUCCAGAAGUCAAGAUGCCAGUUUUUCAUACAAAAACCAUCGAAUCUAUUUUAGAGCCCGUUGCACAACAGGUAUCCAAACUCGUUAUUCUACAUGAAGAAGCUGAAGAUGGCAUUCCUAUGCCAGAUUUGGAGCAGCCUGUACGCACCGUUAGCAGUGCAGUUUCAAAUCUGGUCAAGGUCGGAAGGGACACCAUUAACAGCUCGGAUGAUCCCAUUUUACGCCAAGACAUGCCAGCAGCCUUAAUACGUGUCGAAAGAUCUGCCCGAUUAUUGGAAGACGCCAGUUCCCGACUGAAAGUCGAUCCCUGUUCAGCUCCGGCUAGAAAACUGUUAAUUGAAGGAAGCGGAGGGAUUUUACAGGCAACAUCGGCUCUGCUAUUGUGCUUUGACGAAUCCGAAGUGCGAAAAAUCAUCAGAGAAUGCCACCGGGUGCUCGAUUAUCUCGCAGUGGCCGAAGUGAUUGAAACUCUGGACGAAUUGGUGCAAUUCCUGCGCGAUUUGAGCCCCUGUUUAAGCCGCGUAUCGCGCGAAGUAAGCGACAGAGAAAAGGAACUUACCCAUCAGGUGCAUUCGGAAAUUCUGGUCAGAUGCCUGGAGCAAGUAAAAACACUGGCCCCCAUAUUGAUCUGUUCAAUGAAAAUCUACAUCCACAUCGUGUCGCAAGAAGGAAAAGGCGCCGAUGAGGCAGCGGAAAACCGCAACUACUUGGCCCAAAGGAUGACCGAUGAAAUCAAUGAAAUAAUCCGCGUGCUCCAAUUGACCAGCUAUGAUGAAGAACAAAGCGAUCUGGACAAUUUAACGGUGUUGAAAAAGCUGCAAAACGCCAUCCAGAAUAAGCUGAACGCUGCCAGUGAUUGGCUGUUGGACCCAAAUGCAGUUAGAGGUGGCGUGGGCGAGAAAUCGUUAAGACAGAUUAUAGAAGACGCCCAAAAGGUCGCUGAACGGUGCUUACCCCAAGAUGCCCACAACAUCAACAAACUCUGCUCUGAUUUAACAACGAUGACUGAUGCAUUGUGUGAACUGCGCCAGGAUGGAAAAGGCGCCUCCCCGCAAGCUGAGUCGUUGGCCAGGGGUAUUAAGGAAAAAUUGGGCCAACUCCAACAAGCGGUUAAUACUGCCAUCAUCAACGUGGACAAAGCAGGCCUGCAGCAAACCGCCCAUACGGUCCAAGGAAGAUUGGAGCAAGCCAGAAAGUGGCUAUCGAAUCCAGGCCAGGACGACAAAGGAUUAGGCCGUCGCGCCAUAAAUGCCAUUGUAGAAGAAGGCCGCAAGGUGGCCGAUGGACUUCCCGGCGUCCAAAAGGCGGAAAUUCUGCAACUUUGCGACGAAGUCGACUCGCUGUCCCGCCAGCUAGCCGACCUGUGCGCCCAAGGCAAGGGAAACACUCCCCAAGCGCAUGAAAUUGCUCGAAGAUUGUCGCAGAAAUUGCACGAAUUGAAAGAGAAAAUUCAACAAGCCGUCACCAAUCGGGUCGUGGAAGAUUUCAUCGACAUUGUGACGCCGUUGAAGCUGUUCACUGAAGCGGUUUUGGCGCCCGAAGGAACCCCAAAUCGCGAACAAAACUUCUCCGAUAAAGCGUCCAAUUUGCAGAAUUUCAGCAACCGGGCGGUUAAAACCGCGCGGAUGGUCGCUGCAGGUGGCAGUGGUGGCAAUAAGAAGCUUGCGGAAGCCUUGAGUAGCGUGGCAAGUCAGGUGGAAAGCCUAACACCACAAUUAAUUUCUGCGGGAAGCAUCCGCAUGAAUUAUCCGUCGAGUAAGGCUGCAGAUGAGCAUUUCGAGAAUCUUCGACAACAAUACGCUGACACUGUAACAAAAAUGAGGAAUCUCUGCGAUGAGGCUACAGAUUCCGCCGAUUUUAUUAAGGCCUCAGAGGAGCAAAUGAAGAAACACAGUUUUUUGUGCGAAGAAGCCAUCAAAAAUCGUCAGCCGCAGAAGAUGGUCGAUAACACUUCGGCAAUUGCACGCUUGGCCAAUCGCGUUCUUUUGGUGGCCAAACAGGAAUCGGAUAACUCUGAAGAUCCCAAUUUUAUCAACGAAUUGAAUAGAGCUUCGGAUGCUCUUCAAGGAGCGGUUCCUCCCAUGGUUCAAGAUGCUAAGUCUGUAGCCGUUAAUCCAGCUGAUCAUAACGCAGUGUCUAGAUGGCGAGAGUCCAAUAAGGCGUUGCUAAAUGCUGUCGGUCAAGUAAGAGGCGCCGUCCAGGUCAGUCCUGAGUUGCCGCCACUUCCCGACAUUAACAACCUUCACAUUGAACGACCUUCGAAUCAAUAUUUUGUAGAAAAAGUUGGGUCAUCUUUGAGGGACGCACCCAGCCCAGGAACGGAAUUUUAUGGGGGCCAAUAUAGCCCCAAUCAACACUACGGAAGGCCUGUUAGCCCGUUGCCAAAGUGGGCUAGAGGGGACAACUCUGAUGUUCUUAUGCAAGAGCUAGUGCCUUCAUAUAAAUCGACCUCAGGAUUUUACAGCUUCAUUCCCGAAUACAUUUUAGAGGAUGAACAAGCGCCUCCAAGGCCUCCGCUUCCUUACGAUGGCGCCCCAUUGCGUCCUCCUCCUCCAGAAACAGACGACGAGGAUGACGUGUUCAAGACCAUUCCCAAUCCCAGCCAGCCUAUUAUGGUGGCCGCCCACAAUUUACAUAGAGAAGUGCGCCAAUGGUCGGCCAAAGACAACGAACUCAUCGCGGCCGCUCAAAGAAUGGCCAAGUUGAUGGCUCGACUUUCCGAACUCGUUCACAACGAUGAUAAAGGUUCAAAACGUGAGCUGAUUGCCACUGCCAAGGCCAUAGCAGAUGCGAGUGCUGAUGCCACCAGAAUAGCGAAGCAACUCGCAAGAGAAUGUACGGACAAGAGGAUCAGAACCAAUUUGCUUCAAGUGUGCGAGCGAAUACCAACUAUUGCCACGCAGUUGAAGAUUCUGAGCACCGUGAAGGCUACAAUGUUGGGUUCGCAAGGCUCUGAAGAGGACAGAGAAGCGACCGAAAUGUUGGAAGGAAACGCGCAGAAUUUGAUGCAAAGCGUCAAAGAAACUGUUAGAGCCGCUGAAGGAGCCAGCGUGAAAAUCCAUGCCCAAACCCAUGGUCGGCUAAGAUGGGUUCGCAGGCAACCGUGGUAUGCUUAUGCUUAAAUUGCUGUAUUUACUUGGGCGUUCCUUAAUAUUUUAGAUGCUUCCCUACUGCCGAAACGCUCUUGUUUGGAAAUAUCUAAAAUAGAAAAGGGCGUUUUAAAAUGAAUCGAACUGUACUCGAGCUUAAAUUACUAUGUAUUAGAUUUCGCAAAUUCUUCAAAAUGCACUUGAAAUGCAAGCGAGUGUGCUAGUCUCGAAAAUUAUAUAGGUUUUAUCACUGUGAAAGUACAGUUCAUUGUCAUUUGAUCAACACGAAAAACCCAACUAAAUUUGAUAUAACGAGUAAACCCCCAUGUCCCUUUGUGUUCAUUUUAUCGUUAACAGAAUUCGUAUUUAUUGAAUGAUUAAUUUUAAUGUUCAAUGUCGAUAACCGGUUGUUUUAACUGAAACUAAUACUUUAAUGUAGGAAGCACAAAAUGUGUCCAAACAACUGUACGGAAAGUGAAAUUUUACCAUAUCACAUAUGUUGAUGGUUUGAUCUGUAACUGUUUAACUAUUUUGUUGUUACGUGUUGUAAUAAUUUCAAUCGAUGUGAAAAUAAUCCUUAACUAAUUUUGUAGCCCUUUAACCUUGAUAUAGACUGGCGUUCUUUUCUAACGUAUACAAUUUAGAUUAAUUGUCGCAAAAGGUGGAAAGGUGGCAACCAACCUCCAUAGUAUCCUUGUCUUCGGCCAAACUUAACUUAGAUUCUAUUAUUUGUCGCGUGCCUUGAAUUUGCCUUACUCCCUGUUUAUGCCAUGGUUUUAUUCACACUUGUGUCUUCCAUUGCAAAUCACCGAAUUCGGUAGGAGGUUGGCGACCAAUCUCGAAGUGAUGUAGACUUGCCUUUGGAAAAAUAAUCUAUGAUUUAUAUCUAGAAAGUUAUUUUUAUAAGCUUUUUAUAUAGAGAUGAAGAAUGUACCGUUUACUAAGAGCAAUACUGCAUUUUUUUAGUGUAAUUGCAAAACAUGUUUAAAGUUAUUGUUAGAUCGAUAGAUUAAUAAACGUAAAAAUUAUAUAACAA